AUGGCCGGACUGGAAUUACUGCCCAAAGAAUACGGAUAUGUGGCUAUUGUUUUGGUGCUUUACUGCUUUCUCAAUUUCUGGAUGGCUGCUCAAGUCGGCGCUGCCCGCAAAAAGUACAAAGUGCUCUACCCGACAAUGUACGCCACAGAAGCUGAGAACAAGGAUGCCAAUCUCUUUAACUGUGUUCAGAGAGGGCACCAGAAUUCAUUGGAAAUGAUGCCGAUGUUCUUCACGUUGAUGAUAUUGGGGGGAAUUAAGCAUCCUCUGAUUUGUGCAUCACUUGGAGUUGUUUAUAGUAUUGCUCGCUUUUUCUAUUUUAAAGGUUAUUCCACCGGUGAUCCCAAGAAGCGGUUUACCAUUGGGAAGUACAGUUUCUUAGCAUUGUUGGGGCUUAUGAUUUGCACUAUCUCGUUUGGAGUCAAUAUGCUGAUUGCAUAA